AAAGUUUCUUUGAGACCGACAAUUUUCACUCUCCAGGACAACCACAACUCAUGAUUCAUUAUUAUGUGUGCGUGUCUAUAUAAAUAUAUAUACACAGAUCUUUGGAAAUAUAUAUAUAUAUAUAUAUAUAUAUUUCUAAAGAUCUGUGUAUAUUCCAACAAUAUUAAAAUUUCAAAAUUUAAUGCUGUUGAUUCAGGGACACAGGUUGCCCGUCUUACGUCAGUUGCUGCAUUUGCUGCUCCAAUCUCUCUCUCUUUCUCUCUCUAUAGAUCAUCAGCAUUCCAGUUUAUUCAUUUACCCAUCCAAUGGAUAACCUUCUCGUCAGCCUCAUCCUCUUCUCUCUCUUCUUUCUCCAACCCUUCUCUUCCACUGCAAAUCUCCACAGGAAAAAGGGUCUCAGAUCAGAGCUCUCUCAGCCAUCGUCCGCCAUUGAUGGCGCCCCACCCACCACAUACUUUGAGGUAACCAAACCCAUCAGACUACCCAAAGCCAAACCCUGUUCUUUCCUCAUCCUCCAACAUGAUUUUGGCUCCACAUACGGCAAACCCCCUGUUCUUUCUCCCUAUUCCCCUCCCUCCGACUGCCCAUUUCAGAAAUUCUCCAAAAUUGUUCUCGAAUGGAAAGCAACAUGUAAAGGCAAACAAUUUGAUCGUAUUUUUGGGGUUUGGCUCGGCGGCGUCGAGCUUCUCCGGAGCUGCACGGCGGAGCCCAGAGCCACCGGAAUUGUUUGGACUGUUCAGAAGGACAUCACAAGGUAUUACUCGCUGCUUAUGACAAAUAGCAUUCUUGCUGUUUUUCUUGGCAAUAUCAUUGAUAAAACCUACACUGGAGUCUACCAUGUGAACAUAACUUUAUUCUUUUAUCCUGCUUCAAAGCAUUUUAAAGAUUAUGAGCCAAAUUCAGGAAAAUUGGUUUCUGGGCGUAGUUCCCGGGCUGAUUUGAUCUUACCCAUUUCAAGAAGUUUGCCAUUGAAUGAUGGGUUGUGGUUCGAAAUUGAAAAUUCGACAGAUACUGAGGUGCAGGAGGUUAAAAUUCCCCAAAAUGCUUAUAGGGCUGUGUUGGAGGUUUAUGUUUCUUUCCAUGAGAAUGAUGAAUUUUGGUAUGGAAAUCUUCCAAAUGACUACAUAGCUGUGAACAACCUUACUGGGACUGCAGGGAAUGGACCUUUCAGGGAGGUUUUGAUCAGUUUGGAUGAUGAUGUAGUUGGUGCAGUGUGGCCUUUUACUGUGGUCUAUACUGGAGGUAUCAAUCCCCUCUUAUGGAGACCCAUUACUGGAAUUGGGUCGUUUGAUCUUCCGUCUUAUGACAUCGAAAUUACUCCAUUUUUAGGGAAGAUGCUGGAUGGGAAGCCCCAUAAGUUUGGGUUUAGUGUUACUAAUGCUUUGAAUGUGUGGUACAUUGAUGCAAACUUGCAUCUUUGGUUGGACAGGAAGAGUGAAAUAACAAAGGGAAAACUGCUCGCAUACAAUAGUUUGCCUCUUACUGUUUACUUGAAGUCACAAUUUAAGGGCCUAAAUGGGAAAUUCCUGACUAGUAUGAGCAGGUCCCUAUCAUCCACUGGAUGGGUGAAUUCUUCCCAUGGGAAGAUUACAACUUAUUCAGUUCAAGAAUUCAAUUAUACGAACUCGAUGGUGUUGGGUGACAAUGGGGAUUUGCAGAUCAUAAAUCAGACGAUUGAUUUCAAUGAUAGUGUUUAUACCAAGAAACCGUCUUCUUCGCGCUCAAUCAAAUCAUUCAAAAGAUUUCUGCUUUACCUGUACUCGAAUGAUAUUGAGCAGGGAAAGGACACUUAUAGAUCGAUAGCAAAUGUCUCACUUGGAUUCAACGAGGAGAGGAUUAAAGGUGCUGAAAUGGUGAGCUCACUCAAAAAUUUGCAGAAUGGGCAUGGUUAUAUGCUUGUCAAGGGCAGCUCGGUUGUCAGUGGAUUGGCAAGUACACAAGAGGCAUACGACUACAAUAGUCAUAAAUUCUGCUACUUCAGGAAUGUGAGCAGCUCAAACUACACCAUCCUUGAUGAUGAAGUGGGUAAUACUUGCAACAAAAAACAUCGGCCUAAUGGUGGUUUUGGUCUUGGUAAGUGGUGGCGUUUUCCUACACGAAGGGCCUUUUUAGGAUCUGCUUUGCGCAGUGAGGAGAAGGGGGUUUAGAUUAUUUCAUCGACUGAUUAUGCAGGUGCUCACAAAAGUUCUGGCAUCAAAUGCUUCAUUUGAUUCAUCUUUUGUUUUAAUAAAUUGGAACUUCAACAUUAAAAUAGGUUCUAGUGUCCUUUUUUUUUUUUUUUUGGAGUAAAUGACUGCCUAUCUAUUAUUAUUUUUUGAAACGAUGGUCUCCAAGAACUUUUGAACACUUUACUAAUCUACUGGGAUGAUGAGCCCAUCUGCUCUAAAUACCAAUGUAUUAUAUCAAAUGAAAAGUCAAGCUCCCAAGACUUGAACCCUGACAUUUUAAUCAGGAGAGCCUUGAGUUUA